AUGUUGAUUCUAACAGCCGUCUAUGCUUUGCUGUUCUGGCCAGCUGCUGUGGCAGCGGCCUGGGGAUGGACAGAUUCCAACGGCAACUACGUCAUUGACUCCGGUGCGGAUCUGAUCAUCAGUGUCAGCAAGUCAACUGGUGAUAUCAACUCUUUGAAGUACAAGGGGCAAGAGUUUAACGGAUGGGGCGGCAAGAAUACCCAUGUGGAAUCUGGUCUUGGCGCCAGCACGGUGACGAUUGCUACCAUUAGCACCAAUGUCAUCAAGGUCUCAGUCACGCAUGGAACCCUGAAGCACUACAUUGUUAUGCGGUACAAGAACAACAAUGUCUACCUCUUCACCAACAAGGCCGAUGACAGCGUGUCUGCUAUGCGCUACAUCGUGCGUAUCAAGUCUGGCAUCUUUAGCCACGCCUCGACCGAUCCCGGUAUGUAUAUCAAGUUCCAUUACUACGACUCCGGUAGCAGCUACAUCGAGGCUUCUGACGUCAGCAUCAACAGCGGCAGCAUCACCAAGAGCAAGCACUACCAGGGCUCUACUUAUGGACGAACCAUGGACUACGACUACAUCGGCCGAACCACCGGAUCGGUUGGUCUGUACAUGAUCCGCUCCAACCACGAGAAGGCAUCCGGCGGUCCUUUCUUCCGAUCUUUGCUCACUCGCGCCGAUCCCACCGGCGAGGAUCUGUACGAGAUCUAUUACUACAACAUGGGCAGUACCGACCCUAUGCGAACUGGUCUUCAGGGGCCUCAUGUCCUGUCCUUUACCGACGGUGGCGCUCCUAGCUCCAGCCUCUACGCUCGCAACGCUGACUGGACCUGGGUUGAUGCUCUUUCUCUGUCUGGAUGGACUACUUGGGCCGACCGUGGCUAUGCUUCGGGUGUUGGUAUUUCCAACAUGAAGACUGGAUAUACCUACACCGUCGGUCUGUCCAACACCAACGCUCAGUACUGGGGUGUUGCGUCUUCAAGCAACGGAGCCUGGUCCAUCAAGAAGGUUAUCCCUGGUACCUACACCCUGACAGUUUACAAGGAGGAGCUUGAGGUGUACACUGGCUCCAUAACCAUCAACAAGGGCGCCGGCACGGCCGUCAACACGCUCAAGGCCACUGACCCGGCUGACGACAGCGCCAUCUGGCGUAUCGGCGAGUGGGACGGAACCCCGCGAGGUUUCCUCAACUUCGAGGACGCGAAGAUGAAGCCCACUUACAUGCAUCCCUCCGACAAGCGACUGGCCAGUUGGAAGCCAAGCAACUUCAUUGUUGGCACGAGCAAGGCCAAUAACUUCCCCGGUUAUAUGUGGACCGACGUUAACAACAACCAUCUUGUCUACUUCAAGCUCACCACUGCGCAAUUGGCAACCUCUCACAAGAUCCGCAUUGGUAUCACUGAGGCAUACAUCAACGGCCGACCCACGAUCAAGGUCAACGACUGGUCAGCCACUACGCCUAGCGCAACUAACCAGGCCAAGACCCGAAGCUUGACCACAGGUACCUAUCGUGGCAACAACGUCAAGCUUGAGUUUACCGUGCCAUCCAGUGCAUUCAAGCAAAGCACUAGCGAGUGGCAGAUCAUGACCGUCAGCAUUGUGACUGGCAGCACUGGCUCUGGAUACCUCAGUGGCGGUGUUAGCUUUGACAGCAUUGACAUGCUGUCUUAG